GUGUGAUUGAGGCACUUGCUAAAAGCCACUAAGUGAAAAUUAUUGAAAAUGCAAUGCUUGAAGUCCAAAGUCGACUAUAAAUAUAUUCAACAUAAAGUCAACAUUAUUUUCGGAGAUUGGAGCCGCUUUCUUUGAAAUAAUUCACGGCUAUCUUUGCACAGAUUUUAUUGAUUUUUCCUUUUUGAUUGGCCAGGAAGGAAAAGUGUCCCGAGAGCGCAAUCUCUGUCUGCUCUCCGACAUCCUUUUCCUCUCCCUAAAAGAACCGCUCUCUCUGUUAUCUCCUUUGUUUUGCUCAUCUUAUUCGCAAAUAAACAAUCCGCUGCUCAACAACAUGCCAAUAAAAUUGAUUAGAAUCAGAAAUGCUACAAAAUAAGCAAGCUUCGAUGAUAAGGUGCACAUGAGUGCUUGAAAUACAAUAUAUUCCCGAAACAAUUGGGGAAAAUUAGCGCCCUGAGACGAGAAACUAAUCCCACGCUCCCUGCUCACCAUCAUGCUGAAUAGCCGGAGCCCCCCUCAGUACAAGCAGCAAUCCCCGGGGGGCUCCGUCGGUUCCGCGGGCUCCGUGGGUUCCUUGGGUUCCCCCGGAUCCGUGAACUCCACCAGCUCUGCGUCCCAGUUGCUGGGUCACUAUCAGUCCGCCUACGGACAGCAGGGCCACUCGCACGCCUGCUACCAGCAUCAGUUGCAACAGCAACAUCACCAGCAGCAGCAACAUCAGCAGCAGCAACACAAACAGCAGCAACAUCAGCACCACCAUCACCACCACCACGGAGGACGCACCUCGCUGACACCCACCAUGAAGCGGGGCAAGAAGCAGUGGGGCACCAGGGAGAGAUCAGGGAUGAGCUUCCUCAUCGUCAUCACCUUCUUCGCCGUCUUUGGAUUGAUCAUUCUAACCGAGGUUUUCAUGAUCGACGAGCGGACCCACAGCGGAAUGUUGGCGAUGCGGGCGGGCGGCGGCGGAGGAAUCAGUCUGGGCGGACGGAUGGGCGACUCGAUGCCGGAUUAUGAUAAUGUUAAGGAGGAUUAUGACCUAUUGGAUGCCAGCAUUCUGAGUGAUAAUAAAUUAGGAUUUGUACAGCUGCGUGACAAUAAACUGAAAAUUCAAGAAGCCGCAGGCGCCGAUGGCCAGCGAUUGGCAGGAAUGCUCCUCAAUGGCGGCGGAGGCGGUGGAGCUGGGGCAUUCGGUGUGAGUGUGCCGCUCAUUCCAUGGGGCCAGGUGCUGCCCGGCAAGGUGGAGGAGACCCUGCCCCACUUCCCCUUUGGCACGCGGCCAACGGACGGCGCCUGGCAGGUCGUCAACGGCACCCGCUUCAAGUUCUUCGUCUACUCCGCCUACUUCGAUCGCCGCGAGGGAGCGCGCCUCGUCCGAGUGGUGGGCGCCACCAAGACCCGCGGCCCGGAGCGGGUGUGGUGCCGCUUCUGGUACGGACCCCCUCCGGCCAACGCCUCCGACACGGGCUCCUCCUCCGCCUCCUCCUCCUCCUCGGCACGUGCCAAAUACUCCUCGGCCACGGUGAUGGCCCGCGUCAAGAUAAUUCGUGAGAACUGGAAUCUGAAGUACAGCGCCUGCUUCAUUCUGUGUCCCGUGAGAACUCCUCCACUGGCCGUUCCCCAUUUUGUGAGUGUGGUUUCCCGGUUGCGAGCUCCACCUGGUAACCUGCUGACCCUGCGAAACACCGACCAGGAUACGGACUUUGCAGCGAAUCCUCCUAGUAAUGCGAGUGCCAGGAAGGGUUCUCCAGUGGGUCGAGCUCCGCCCAGUGGCGAUAAUAUACCCGAUCGAAUAGCCGUCUGCGUGAAACCCCUGCAUUUCAACUACGAUCAGGCACUUUAUCUGAUGGAGUACCUCGAGUUCUAUGCCCUGCUCGGUGUCUCCCACUUCACCUUUUACAACCACACUUUGGGACCACAUGCCUCCUGCGUUUUGGAAAGUUAUCAAAAGGGCUUGGUGCCCGGCAAUCUGACAGCUCAUGAUUUAGAGCCACUGCUUCCUUCCGAGGCGGCCAACAAUGCCACGCCACGGGUUCUCAAAACGAACUACCAUCGACCCACGGUGAGCAUUUUGCCGUGGAAUCUGCGCAUGCGCAGCCAGAAGGAGAUCCGCACCGAAGGACUCUUCGCGGCAUUAAACGAUUGCCUCUACCGCACGAUGUACCGAUACAAAUAUCUGGCGUUGGUGGAUCUGGAUGAGUUCAUUGUGCCACGAUACUCGGACACGCUUAACGAUCUUAUUGGAUCCCUUAAUCAGCGCUUCCGCAAUCGCAACACGGGAGCCUAUUCCUUUCAGAAUGCCUUCUACUAUCUCCAGUUUGCCGACGACAGCUUGGCUAGUUCGGGAAUAGAAGGUGGCAAUGAGCAGUUGGCCAGUGUAAGAGCUUCCCUGGUUACCCAAAGGAAAACCCGCAGGCGCUAUAAACUCCAUCCUCAGAAGCAGCGAUCCAAGUACAUUUGCAAACCGGAGGCUGUGGUCGAAGCUGGCAAUCAUUUCGUUUGGGAAUUUGCACCGGGGAAAGGUUCUCUGAAUGUGCCACCCAAGGAAGCCAUUUUGCAGCACUAUCGGGUAUGCGAAUUCGGUGGCAACGAUUGCAUCAAGGCUCCAUCGAUUGUGGAUCGGACGACCACGAAGUAUGUGAACCGCCUGGUCCAACGGGUUGACGCAGUUUAUCGCCAUUUAAGACAGCGUUGCGAUCUUCCGGCUCUGCCACCGCUGCCCAAGACCAAGGAUAUUCCCAAGGAGGAUUCCAAAAUAAAGACGAAAGAGAAGCCCAAGGAUAAACCCAAGGACAACCCCAAUUUAAAACCCAAGCUGCUGCAACAGAUGCGGGAAUCGAGUGCGAAGGACACUUUAAAACAGGGAGUCACAUCGAAGGAGAACCUAAUCAAAAGAGUGGCUGCCACAGCGGCCACAAGGAGCACAACAACGACGACGAAGGCAACAACGAAGAGAGUGACAACGAAGCAGCCAAAAGCCAAUCCAGUGACAAAGCCAAUUGAAACAACUCUGAGGACUUCAGUGGGCCCCAAACAAUCGCAUCCUUCGGCAAAUGUUCGCAAGAAACGAAAGCUGAUCGUUUUCGAGGUGAAUGACUUUGGGAUUCCCGUCGCUCGGGUGGAAUAUCAAUGAGAAAGGGACUUGGUUGGCAACAUAUAGAAGAUAUAUAGUAGGUCUUUGGUUCAUUGCUGUGCCAAUUAGUUCGAGGAUUAAUUUUGGUUGUGUACCGGUGCAGUUGGUUAACUUCAUUUGGCCAUUAUCAGAAUGCUCAACAAAUGAACUGACCUUUUCGAUUUAAGUGUAUUCAUUUGCUCACCUUAGAAUUAAUACAGCGCAGGCACCCAAAAAUCAAAAAGCAAUAAAACAUUAUUUCGGGAAAAGGAUCUCGAAGCAACUUCAUCGCCAAAAAUUAAUUUUUUGUCCUGCACGAUUUCAGUAUAAAAUACUUAUAAUUACAAACAACAAUUAUUUUGAAUACUUUAAAGUAGAUUUUUUGACAGUUUACAUUUAUCAACAAUUUUAUUAAGAAUAUUUUUUAAUAAUACCAGAAAAAGUAAAGAGGAUUGCACAUUUUAUUCAGCUUUCUGUUGUCUAACUGCACAAAAAAAUACUCAGACAAUGCUAGAUAGAAGCAACUAAAAAAUUAUAAUCACUAAUCACAGUUUGGUUUUUUGUUUACUUUGGAAAAGAUUUUUUCCCAAUUUUGGUAAUCCUAAUGCAAAAUUAUUCCUAAGCAAAAUUCCGAAAAUUCCUAAAGCGAAAUUCAUAUGUAAUCUAAGCCAUUGUUUCGUGUUGUAGACUAAGCAAUUAAAAAAUAUACAAAAAUCAAAGUAAAGUCAAGGCAUGCAGAUACUAAAUAUGUAUUAAUAUUUUCCCAGUGAACUGUUAGUGCAACAUUACCAUUUAGUAAGGGAAAAGUCCUCCGAGGCUAGCGCUUAGACUCUGAAUUAGUGGACUAGGACACAUCUGCUAGUCCUUAGGCAUGCGACAGCAGGAUAAAUGCAAAGUAAUCACUUAAGGCUUACCACAAAACUGAAUCGAAUUUUCAAUGCUUCGAAAUGAGUAUACUUUUUGUUUGGCUUAGCGCGCAAAAAGUAUAUCGUAACAAUUAAGUGCAUAACAUAUACAAAUAGUCGGUCUUUAGUUGUUAAGUGGCAAUUUCAGAUACUAAAGAGAUCUAUUAAAAUACAAGAAGUCAAUAAAAUUGCAGAUGAGCAAACAAAGGUA